GCCGGGGGCCCCGGGCCGCAGCUCCCGGACGGCGGAGCCGGGAGCGCCUCAGGUGGAAGAUGGGAGUGUUCCCCUCAUGUUUUAGGUGAAGCCUGCUUGCCAUGAAGUCCCAAGAGAGAUAGAGGGACUGCAGUGGGAAUCCCUUCUCACUCCUCCACAAAUCCAACAACUGCCUAAUGGGAUUGCCUCUCUGCCUGGCGUCAUGGGGAGCUGCUGCAGCUGUCUGUGCACAGACAGCAUCCCAGACAACCAUCCCACCAAAUUCAAGGUGACCAACGUGGACGAUGAGGGGCACGAGCUGGGCUCGGGGGUGAUGGAGCUGACGCAGAGGGAGCUCAUCCUGCACACGCACAAGCGCGACGCCGUCAGGUGGCCCUACCUGUGCCUGCGCCGCUACGGCUUCGACUCCAACCUCUUCUCCUUCGAGAGCGGCCGCCGCUGCCACACCGGGCAGGGAAUUUUUGCCUUCAAGUGCUCCCGAGCAGAGGAGAUCUUCAACCUGCUGCAGGACCUGAUGCAGUGCAACAGCAUCAACGUGGUGGAGGAGCCGGUGGUGAUCACCAGGAACAGCCAGCCCUCGGAUCGGGAGCGGGCCCGCAGCCCCCAGCGCCCCACCAGUCUGGGCUACACUGGACUUCCCAAUGGAUUUCACAGCUUCCCUGGAGAAUCCCUGUCCUUCUCUGCAGCCCGGCACCCCUCAGUGAGCAGCCUGAGGCAUUCCUCUGUGGGGGAAGACUCUACCCACCCCCUCCUGGGGCCUGAGGAGCAGUCCCACACCUACGUCAACACGGCCACCGGGGAGCCGGAGCCGAGGGGCCGGCACUGUAUGCACUCCUUGCCUGAAGCCCACCCUCCUUUCCCCCCUAGGAACCACAGCUGCUCCCUGGAAGACCGCAACCCUCAGGUCUUCCUGCAGCCAGGAGAGGUGAAAUUCGUGCUGGCUCCCAGCUCCGGCUACCGCCGGCUGUGCCGGCACCCCCGGGAAUGCCGGGCGCACCUCAGUCCCCCCAACAACAACAACGAGUGUCAGGAGGGGUGUCCGUCCCCACAGUGCGUCUACGAGAACCUCAACGGGCUGGUGGCCCCCAGCACCUCGUCCCUGUGCCGGGCUGGCCGCUCCAAGGUGGCCCGGGAGGACGGGAGCCGCUCCCAGCGCCGCUCGGCCCUGCUGCACUACGAGAACCUGCCGGCGCUGCCGCCGGUGUGGGAGCUGCAGCCGGGCCGGCACAGGGACGAGGAUGGCGGCACGGCACCCACACCGUCCCCCAAUGGCUUCUCCGAGGCCGGCGAGGAGGAGCCGCUGCAGAAUUCCAUGGGCUCGGAGAGCGCGGCCCUGCAGCCGCGCCGCUCCUUCCUGCCCCGAGCCCGGCGCAGCCGCCUGCCCAACGUCUUCAGCUUCGACUUCCCCCGGCCCUGCCCGGAGCCUCCACGGCAGCUCAAUUACAUCCAGGUGGAGCUGGAGCCUGAGCCCUGCAAGGGUCACCAGGACCCCCGGGUGGCACCUCCCGCCAGCCCCGGUGCCCGCCGCACCGACUCGUACGCCGUGAUCGACCUCAAAAAGACAGCGGCCAUGUCCAGCCUGCAGCGGGCCCUGCCCAGGGACGAUGGCACCUCGAGGAAAACGCGGCACAACAGCACUGACCUGCCCCUGUGAGGGGCCCGAGUGCCGGCCCUGGCUCCCCUGUCCCUCGCUGUGUCCUGCCCGCUGUGGCUCCUGCAGCUGCUGCUGUUGAGGCUCGUCUGUCUGUCUGUCCGUCCUCCCCUCUCUGUGUUGCUCGUUUUUCAAGCCUUGUGGGAUGUUUGGUGACUCUGAGGGUUGAGUUCCAGGCGGGAGGUGCCAGCGCUGAGGUGGCACAGCCUGGGGUGGGGCAGGGCAGAGCCAGAGCUGGGCAGUGCCACGGGGGGAAAAAACCCAAACAUUAAAGCUCCCAAAACUGAGCUGCUCCAGGAGCUCGGUGCAAAUGGAGCCCGUUCCCCGUGGAUUUCACAUCUCCAGGAGAGCUCUGCAGUGAGGCCACUCCAGAGCUGGGAUUUGCCUUGUGGUUCAGUGGUGCCUGGAGAUGAGGGAGCCGUGGCCUUUCCCCCCUCAGCUCACUGUUUGUUCCUGAAGCUUUUUAUCCUUCUGUCCCUGUCUCAGAUUCAAUUUCAAUUGGGCAGCUGCAAUUAAACAAAGAGGACACAGAGCCAUGGGCACACACUGUGAUCACAGAAACCUGAUUGCCUAAAUCCUUAAAUUCCCUUCCCUGCUUUAGAAGAGGGAAAGGCCACAGCCCUGAGGGAGAUUGGAAAUUUGGCCUAGAGAACUUCACUUGUGCCAUAACCUGCUUUGUUUUUUUUACAAGGGUUCUUUUUGGCAGCUGCUGAGAAAUGCUGUGGGUUUAUUUAUUUGUUUACUUAUUUAUUUAUGAACUGCUCCUUUGCAUCCCCAUUCGUUGCCAAGUUGGUGCCAGUCUGCAGUGUGCUCUCGCUGGGGCUCGCUCCUGUCUGAGGGGACAGGUCCCAAAAUACCUUGGUGGCUUUGCUGAGCCACCAACUGGGGAAAAACACUGUGGAAAGGAGCAGCUGGGAAUGAAGAAUUUCUGAACUCGGGGCUGACUGUCACGGGGUGGGUGGGAAAUGGAAUGGGAGACGUGGGAGUGGGAGCGGAGCCGCCGGGCAGCCGAGCUUGGAGUGGCAUCAAAGUCGUUGCCUACACCCACGUGCCUGGCUGGGGUCGGGAGCAGCCUGUGCUCGGUGUCAGGAGAGAAUGUGCAGUUUGUUCCCUCAACUACAGACCUGGAAGGGCUCAAAUUCCAGGUAACUUUGUGGCCUUUUGCUGUGGAUUUUUGUCUCGAUGCCGGGGUAGUGCUGAGCUGCCCCGGGAUGUCCCCUUGCCCCUCCCCGUGGGAUUUCCCUGGAUUUCUCUGUGCCUGUUCCGAUGGAGAGCAGUGCUCUGGGAUGCUCUGGGAUGCUCUGGGACACUCUGGAGCUGGAUCCCUCCUGGCUGUGUCUGUGUUCCUCCUGGGACAGGAGCUGGAUCCAGUGCCCAGCCAGAGACGCUGCCAAGCCUCGUGUCCCCCUUGUCCUUGGAUGUUUCCUGCUGUUGACGUCUGUGGAAGAGGAAAGAGCCCCAUCCCCCAGCUCCAAGGGCCUGGAGCUCAAGUUCCAGGUUUUGGAAGUUCAGCCUUUUUUUGGUUUUUGGUGCUGUCAUGUCCUGUUGAGCCGUGACCCUGUUGGGAGCAAGGCCACGUGUCCCAAGUCCGAGUGGUGCCAUGUUUGUGUCGCAGAACGUGGAGUUCUUGGCUUGCUGUUGCACUAUAAAUUCCAAGUGUGCCACACGCUUCAAUCCACUGGUUUUUCUUUUCCUUUUGGAAGUCCUUGUGCUCAUCUUCCAUUCUUUCGUCCGCCCCGUCCCUUGUGUCACCUGUAACUGAAAGGAAACCCAAGUAAUAUAUUUUUAUAUGUAUAACAAAUGACUUUAUUUGAAGGAAAAAAACAACUCCCACCCCAAGUAAUGUAUCCCCCUAAAUCCAGCUUUCAUUUAGGGAAGUGAGAGAAGAA